GUAGUAAGAUCCUGUAUUACAGAGUUCGUAAAGCGGUUUCAUAUUUUUCCAGUCGAGAUUUAUUUAAUAUUUUAACAAGGAGAACAGUUAUACCAUUGAAUAAUUUUAGAAGGAACGUUUAGAAUAUUAUUGUUUUUAUCCUGUUCAGGCGUAAUUAUGGCUGAUUGACAUGUUUUCUGAGUCACAUUAAGGAAGACGAUGAUGAAUCAACCUUUUUAUAUAGAGAGGGAUUUGCGGGCGCUUCAUAUGCGCGACGAGAGGGCGAGGCCCAUAGAGGAACCUCUUUAUGCCACUGUGCAAAGAUUAGGCGAAGGGCAAGUUCGAGUCAACAUGUCACCUCCGAGACCUUCAACACCUACUAGCAGGGGUAAAUUACACAUUCGUUAUUCUGGUCAGGAUGCGAUUACCGUCGACACGCAAGAGGGUAAACCAACAAUCACAGUUAAAGUUGGCAACCGUUCGCGACCUCCUUCUCCUGGGUUACCACCCGCUAGGUCCCCUUCUCCAGCAAGUCCUACUGUCUCUAAACAAACGAUUUUUAGGGAAGAGAUUAUUACACCCGUAAAAAACCGUUCCCCACUCGAAGGUAGGGGUAAUUACUACCCAGAAGGUGCACCAAGCCAGCUUCUUUGUACUGUUCCGAUUGGAGUGAGAAGGGUCGCUUCUUCUAGGCCCAAAGUUCAACGUGAAAGAGAAAUUCCGAUUCAAAGGCCUACCUACACGACACGCAAAGUAAUUGUGAGAAAUGAAAAUCUUUCUUCUGUGUCACCAUCGGCAACUACUUCGUCAUCCUCAUCCCCGGAACAUACUGAAAGAAAGACUCCGCCGAUUUCUACUCCCGAUUAUAUUAACGUCCCAAGUGCUGCUGGAUUCCGACAUCCAAGUCCACCAAGAGUCCUUACUCCGAAACAAGAUAAAACGCCUGAAGAAGCUUCAAAAGAAUAUCUUAAAGCAGUUAGGGAACUACCCGAUUUUUAUGGAAUAUGCAACAAAUGCUCUAAAGCAAUAAUAGGAGCGGAAAAUGGAUGUUCAGCCAUCGAUCAAAUCUAUCACAAUGCCUGCUUCAAGUGCCAGAUUUGUGUCAUAGAAUUGCAAGGUUUACCGUUCUAUUGUUUGGACAAGCACGCUUAUUGCGAAAGUUGCUACAUGAAUACCUUGGAGAAAUGUUGCCAAUGUAAGAAACCUAUAUCGGAUAGAAUUGUUAGAGCGACUGGUAAACCAUACCAUCCAAAUUGCUUCUCCUGCGUCGUAUGCAGCAAGUCAUUAGAUGGCGUUCCGUUUACUGUCGACGCGUCGAAUAAAGUCUACUGUCUAGAAGAUUUUCAUAAAAAAUUUGCUCCACGCUGCUAUGCCUGCUCGAAACCAAUCGUGCCUUCGUCCGGUUCUUCUCAAACUAUUCGAAUUGUUGCUAUGGACAAGAGCUUCCACCUAGACUGCUAUAAGUGUCAUGAUUGUCAAUUGGCUUUGUCUUCCGAAGCUGAUGGAAGAGGGUGCUACCCGUUAGAUGAUCUCAUUCUUUGUAAAGCUUGUAAUGCUACUCGGAUUCAACGUCUAACUUCAAAUUUGACUACUGAAUUAUAAAUCUGUUUUAAUUGAUCUACUUUUUGUUGCAGUGGCCUUUUUUCGUUUUACUUAAUUUAUACAAUGCGAAAUGUUUCAACUUUUUUAAACCAAAACAAUUCCUGAAAAAUUUUAAUUUGCUCGUUAGGAAUCUCGUUCAACAAUGCUUAAAUACAAAAUCUGUUUCAUUUUUACUAUUCGGAAAUUUGUUUAGACUUUGAAAGAAUUUUUAAUCAAAUA